AUGAUGUCCGGCGAGGCCUGGUUAUACCUGUUGGCGGUCAUUAUCAAUGCCGUCAACCUGUUCCUGCAGGUCUUCUUCACUAUCAUGUACAGUGAUCUCGAGUGUGAUUACAUCAACCCGAUCGACCUCUGCAACCGCCUCAACACAUAUAUUAUCCCCGAGGCUGCGGUGCAUGGAUUCCUGACUUUCCUCUUCCUCAUCAAUGGUUACUGGGUUCCGCUCAUCCUCAACCUGCCGCUCGUGGCAUACAACGUGAACAAGAUUGUGAGCAACUCGCAUCUCCUGGAUGCGACUGAGAUCUUCCGCAAGCUGAAUGUGCACAAGAGGGAAUCCUUCUCCAAGCUUGGUUUCCACCUCAUUAUGUUCUUCUUCUAUCUUUACAGCAUGAUUGUCGCCCUUAUCCGCGACGAGACGCACUAA